AUGUAUUGGGAAACCCAGGUGGCCGACUGUCGCAGCGCUGGCUUCUCGACGGUGCCCUCCACGCUGAGUCCGGAGGUGCAGGAACUCAACCUCAACAACAACAACAUCAGGUACCUGGAGAAGGACGCGUUCAAGAAGGCCGGUCUGGUCAACCUGCAGAAGCUGUACCUGAAGGAGAACAGCAUCCGCAGCGUGCACAAGGACGCCUUCAGGGACCUCAGGAUCAUGAUCGAGCUCGACCUCAGCGCCAACGAGGUCGACAAGCUGCACCUGCACACCUUCACUGGCCUAGAGAAGCUGCGCGUGCUGGACCUGAGCGAGAACUCCCUCAUGCGCCUGGACGGGGUGCAGUUCCCCCCCCUCCCCCACCUGCGCAAGCUCGACUUCCGGAACAACGACCUCGUCUACAUCAACAACUACGCCUUCUCCAACCUGGCGCUGCUCACGUCGCUCAGGCUCUCGGGGAACAAGCUGAAGCUGGUGCAGCCGGAACUCUUCGUCAAUAACACGAACCUGGUGGAGCUCGAGCUGCACGACAACCCGUGGGAGUGCGACUGCCGGCUCAAGAACCUCGUGCGCUGGGCCAAGAAGAGGUCGCUCCUGCAGGAGCACGUGACGUGCCACUCGCCGGAGCGCGUGUCGGGACGCCGCUGGGAGAGCGUGAAGGACGAGGAGCUGGCCUGCCGACCGGAGCUCAUCGUGGUGCAGACGGAGGUCCCCGCCGCGCCGGGCCAGAACGCGUCGCUGACGUGUCGCGCGACGGGCGAGCCGCUGCCGCAGCUCAAGUGGGUGCUGCACGGCCGCGUGCUCACCAACAUGUCGGUGAUCCCGUUCUCGCAGCCGGAGCAGCGCUACGUGGUGCGCGAGGUGGUGGAGGCGGCCACGCGCUGGUCGGAGCUCACCGUCACGCACGUGCAGGAGCACGACCUCACCUACUACACGUGCGUGGCCGACAACCUGGCGGGCCUCGUGGAGCACAACGUGUCGCUGGUGGCCGCCGCGCCCUCGCAGACGGGCGCCGUGGCGCCCAAGGCCACGCUCGACCUCUACGUCAUCAUCGGCAUCGCCACGGGCGGCGUCCUGCUGCUGCUGCUGCUCAUCGUGGCGCUGUGCUGCUGCCUGCGGCGCCGCAAGAGCCGCGAGAUGAAGGCGCGCCCCAAGGUGAACGGCACGGCGGGCGGCCACGUCGAGCACAAGAACGUGAUGAUCGUGAACCCCGUGGAGAAGCCGCCGCGCCAGUACGAGCAGGUGCCGCAGACGGACAUCGAGAUGGCGGCGCUGGCGGCGGACGCGGGCGCGCACCGCAGCUACGACGAGGUGGACUACCCCGAGGCCGGGCCUGCGGCGCACCGCACGCCCCUGGCCACGCUGGAGGAGGAGGACGACGACCUCCCGUCGCAGGACACGACGCUGCCGCUGGACGCGCCGUGCGUGGCGCCGCCGCACAGCGUCGUCGACUACCUGGGCCACUACCCCGACCUGCUAGACAUGACGCGCCCGCGCGCCGUGUCGCCCACGCAGCUGUCCUACCACUCGCUGGUGGCGCCGCAGUUCGCCGCCGCGCCGCCGCCCGCCGCCGAGUACCGCUACAGCUACGUGCACCCCGCCGAGUACACGCCGUACCCCGUGGCCUACGUCGCGCCGCAGCCGCAGCCGCGCCCUGGCUACGUGACGCUGCCGCGGCGCCACCGCUCGCCGUCGUGGGCGGGCCAGUCGUCGCUGGAGGCGGACGCCAGCUCCCCGCCGCCGCCGCCGCAGGAGGGCGAGCGCCGCUACGACCCCAUCUACGACACGCUGGGCCCGCGCACCACCGCCGACGGCACCUCGCGCACCGACCUGACGCGCCCCGCGCUGCGCGCCGCCGAGCCCUUCACGCCGCGCACGCCGCAGUCGCCCGCCUCGCCACCCGGGCUGCCGGCCUACUACGCCCCCGCCACGGGCGGCCCGGCGCGCCCGCUCCACCACCAGCGCAACCACAGCUCCACGCUGCCGCGCUCCACGCCCAACCUGCUGGAGGGCGGCGCCGGCCUGAGCCUGCCUGCACACCAGCAGGCGCUGCCCGAGGGCGUGCCGGCGCAGUUGGUGACCCGCGGCGCCUUCCUGCCCGCCCACUCGCCCACGCCGUCCACCGCCAGCACCGCGCGGACCGCUUCGCCCGCCUACCGCGCCGCCUCGCCCGCGGUCGCUCCGUCGCCGCUGCACCUCCCGCCCACCUCCUCCUCCCCCGCCUCCGCCGCCGCCGCCCCGCCCUCCCGCUCCCCCCUCGCCUCCAGCAACGAGUCCACGCUCGACUCCUCCGCGCUCUACAACAACAACAACAACAGCCACAGCGUCAACAACAACACGAAGGCGGCCAAGGAGCUGGACGUGAGCUCGGCGUCGACGGGCUCGGUGGCGUCGGCCAAGAAGGUGCCGCCCAAGCCGCCGCCCAAGCCCAGCGCCAAGCGGCUGUCCGUGGCGUCCACCGCCAGCGACUCGCGCAAGGCGUCGCUGGCGGGCGAGGGCCGCGCGUUCCAGGACGAGGGGCCCGACGGCACGGAGGUGUGAGGAAGGGAGGGGGGAGGGGAGGGAGCGCCUCCGCCGGGAAGGGGGGACUCGACGCGCAGUCAAGGGGCCGCCGCGCCGCCCGCCGCGCCCGCUGCGCCCGCUGCGCCCCGCGUCCACGGCGGUGCGCGCGCCAC